AACCAAGUACGUCGAACAACAACGAGUAGCAAAACACAACACAUGCUCGCGUUGGCAAUGAACGAGGUGCUUCUUUAUUGUGGUGGAGAGGCAUGAUCCCAUUAUAUCUUGUUCCAUUGUUCCUGAUACUAAUACUUUGCGUCAAGUAUAAAGACCAUGCCACGGCAUGCAUUUCGUACUCGCCCUGUUCAUCAUACCCUCGUCAGUGACGAAGUAGACUGUGUCUGCUGCCUUCUUUCGCUUCAUCUUCUUUGCUUCUAACUUACGACCCGGCAUUGACUGCCGUCUUCCACAAGCUGGUCUUAGACAAACCUUUGAAACACUUCUUCGCCGCUGAAGUCGACAAUAUACCAGUGUAUCUACGCUAUGAAGCUUUCCGUUUUUGUAACUCUCGUGCUCUCUUCCUUCGCCACUGCUCUUCCGAGCCUCAAGCGUCGUGGGGGAAGCUUUGUGCUGCAGAAUGGUAUCGACGCGAUCAAUUUGAACAACCAAUUCCAGUCACUGACUGCAUCCUCACCUUGUACAUCUGGCAAUGCUUGUGUCAAUGGGGAGUUUGCUCAGUGCGUCAACGGGCAAUACGUCCUCACUUCAUGUGGAUCAGGUUUAACAUGUGCUGCACUUCCUCUUGUCAACUCUGCUGGAACUAGCAUCACUUGCACCACUCAAGCAGACCUGAACUCUCGUAUUGCUGCCACCGGUGCCACUGCCAACGGAACAAGUACGACAGGCAGCCCCUCCAAUGCGACUGCUACAUCCAGCUCAGCUCUUGUAGCCACUUCCACAACAGGCUCUGGGUCAAAUUCCAACUCAAAUGCUCAGACCUCCCUGACUCUACUGUCAAGCCUUGUCGCUCCUAAUUUUGCUCAGAACGGUCAGAACACAAACACCUCCGAGGCUGGCGAAGUUCCUUCUUUGACAUCCACCAACAACUUUAUCAACUACUGUGCCACGUUGUCUAAUCUCCCUAUAACGAACGGCCAACAGAUUCAAGGUGGUUCCUGCAACCCCGCUCCCAUGGGUGCCAUCCCUUCCACCUCGAAUAUGCCCAGUGCCAAGUUCGUCAGUCCUAACAACUUGGCUGUUCUUCCAGCGAACACCACUUUCCAGGUGACACUGGCGAUUAGAGGAAUCGAGACUGGGUUCUUUGUGAAUCCGGAUACCAAUUACUUUUCUGCUCCCCAGCAAAUUGAUCCUACAUCUGGGCAAAUCCAGGGUCACGCCCACAUCGUUAUCGAGGCGCUUCAGUCCCUUACGCAGACUACCCCAACCGACCCCAGCAAGUUCGCAUUCUUUGUUGGUUUGAACAGCAAGGCAGAUGCAAGUGGUCAACUUCAUGCCAGCAUCACUAAUGGUUUGCCUGAGGGGACGUAUAAGAUGUCUACCAUUGUCACCGCAAUGAACCACCAACCAGUUCUUGUCGCUGUGGCGCAGCAUGGAUCAUUAGAUGAUCAAAUCUACUUUACUGUCGUUGCCCCUGGCCAGAACGGCACAACCACGACAACCACCUCCAUUGGUGACUCGCCGCUUCCCUCAACUACCUCGAGUGUCUCUUCCGUACCUACGGAUUCUGGCACUUGAUCCUCACAAGUGCGCUCGCAACCAUGAGCGCUACACCCACCACAGACUGCACAUAACAAUUCCCGUGUUGUGAUGGCGCAUACAGUAGACUAUCUCAUAAUGCGUAACUCUCGUAAUAUAUAACCUUUGAUCAGGAUGGUUCCAUUGAGAAAUUGUGCAAUGAUGCAUUAUGAGAUACAGUUUCCCAUCCAGAGUUGUGCGAUUUAAUAAAGAUUUUGCUGUCCCCACGUUUGUACUUAAGUUUGGAUAUCGGAUUUUCC